GUAUUUCAUUAAAUGAUCAGCCAGCAAACCACAUUUUCAAAUUCAGAAUAAUGCAUGGGGGUGGGGGGGCAGAGAGAGAGAGAGAGAGAGAGAGAGAGAGAGAGAGACUGUCUAUUCAUCAUUGAUCCACUGCAGGACUGUGAGUUAUGGCCCCCCGCUGUCACGGCGCCUGCUCGGAGUUGGACGCUUCACCUCGCCACUGUAAAUUUAAGGAGCGGAUUCGAUCGUGCUGACUUCUGGUUUCCUGACACAGUCCACACUACACCACAGUCUGCAAAUACCGGAUUCGGGAUUCCUGCAAAGGUCUGAGCACACGGCUGAAGAACAGGCGAUCCAACCCGCUCCGGACGCGCUCUGUGAUGACACGGCGAUGCGCACGGAGCGCGGAGGGAAGAGACAGGUGAGGUGCGGCUGAUAUUUAAAACAGGCUGUGGACGCCGAGCCACCGAGGGAGAAGACAGGACACCUGCAGUCCCGCGGUACCUGCCAUCUGGAGCGUGCAUGUGUUCUGCUGCCAUGACGACCGUGGCUCCUCCCCUCACAUUUCUGCUCCUGCUGCUUCAACUGGCUGAUACUUCAUUCCCAGAGGAACCCAGUCCACUCAGCUACGUCCCUGUAGAGGUGGUGAGGAGGUAUCCGGUCUUCUUGGGCCGAGCUCAUCGUUCAGCACAGUGGCAGGAGCUGCACAUCCAGACGGUGCUCCAAGUCAAUCGCACGCUCUACAUAGGAGCCAGAGAUGACUUGUAUAGAGUUGAGCUGGAUAACAUGGCAGGUGAUGAGAUGUUCUAUAGCAAGAAACGGACGUGGGAAUCCAAUAAGAAUGACAUCCGCGUGUGUCGGAUGAAGGGCAAGCAUGAGGGAGAAUGCCGUAACUUCAUCAAAGUUUUACUCAGCCAACAUGACGGACUCUUUGUGUGCGGAACAAAUGCCUUCAACCCCUUAUGUGCCAACUACACGAGAGACAGUUUGGAAAUGGUGGCAGAGCCUGUCAGCGGAAUGGCGCGUUGCCCAUAUGAUCCACGACACGCCAACGUGGCUUUGUUUGCAGAUGGAAGUCUUUUUACCGGCACUGUGACAGACUUCCUGGCCAUCGACGCAGUGAUCUAUCGCAGCCUUGGUGACAGCCCCGCCCUGCGUACAGUCAAGCACGACUCCAAAUGGUUCCGAGAGCCCUACUUUGUAAGCACCAUGGAGUGGGGGCCUCAUAUCUACUUCUUCUUCCGAGAGAUGGCCAUGGAGUUCCAUCAUCUAGAGAAGGUGAUGGUGUCCCGUGUGGCGCGGGUGUGUAAGGCAGACCUAGGCGGCUCUCAGCGCGUUCUCGAGAAGCAGUGGACUACCUUUCUAAAGGCGCGGCUCAACUGCUCCAUCCCGGGAGACUCACAUUUCUACUUCAACCUCCUGCACGCUACAAGCGACAUCAUUCACAUGCAAGGACGUGAUGUCAUCCUGGGUCUUUUCUCCACGCCGCCCAACAGCAUCCCCGGCUCGGCGGUCUGUGUGUUUGACAUGCAGCAGCUCGCCCAUGUGUUUGAAGGCCGAUUCAAGGAGCAGAAAUCUCCCGAGUCUAUUUGGACUCCAGUGCCGGAUGAAGCAGUUCCUAAACCGAGGCCAGGGGGGUGUGCAGUCCAGGGAUCUAGAUUUAGCUCAUCUACCACACUGCCAGACGAGGUGCUGAACUUUGUGAAAACCCACCCACUGAUGGAUGAGACUGUGCCGCUGCUGGGACAUAGACCCUGGGUGGUUAAAACUAUGGGACGGUACCAGCUGAUAGCUAUGGUGGUGGACACAGAAGCUGGUCCCCAUAAGAACCGCACCGUUUUGUUCCUGGGCUCAACUCAAGGGACUAUUCUCAAGUUCCUGAUGGUUCCCAAUGGAGAUUUGGUGUCUCACAGCAGCGUGUUUCUGGAGGAAGUGGAGGGAUUCAACCCAGAGAAGUGCGGUGAGGACUCUCCUCAGGCCCGCCAGCUACUGUCGCUAUCGUUGGACCGCACCAGUCACACUCUGUUGUUGGCUUUCCCGUCCUGCGUGGUCCGAGUGCCCACAUCACGCUGCCACCUCCACUCACGCUGCAUGAAGAGCUGUUUAGCCUCCAGGGACCCUUACUGUGGCUGGACCAGAGGCAGCACCUGCUCCUUCCUCAGACCAGGCACACGGCUUCCUUUUCAACAAGACGUGGAGUAUGGAAACGCCACCUCCCAUCUCGGAGACUGUGACGGAAUUCUGCAGCAGAGUUUGCUGAUUGAACCGGAAAGCCUCGUCUCCCUCAACCUGCUGGUGGCGUCGGCAGUCUCGGCGUUCACAAUCGGCGCUGUGCUUUCGGGCCUCGCCGUCUGCUGGAUAAUGGCCCACAAGCCCACCAACCGCCGCCAUGGCAACAACCCUCAGUCGUCCAUCCAGCGCCGUGAAAGGGGCCUCCUGAGCAAAGGUGGUGGAAUGGGAGGCUCCGUGCUUAGUGUGACACGUCAGGGAGGCAGCGAUCGCCCCUGCUCUCAGGGCGGGGAGACCCUUUUCGUCAUGCCCAAUGGCUGGGUGAAGUCAGGGGAGCUUGACCCCGGUUUCCUGCCAACGCCCGAGCACACGCCCCAGCAGAAACGUCGUGGCUUACGACUGUCUGAUUCCAAUUCAGGAGGCUGGGACACCAGCCAGACAUACCUGGGGGGAGGCUCGGUUGGGCUGGGAUCACCCUGUCGUAUGCCGCCUUCUGUCUACCUGACCACCAGACUCUUCCAGCAAGGCGGCGGCAUGAGGCACAGUAGUGAAGGUCGAGGGAACGAUACUCCACGCCAGCACUACGUCUGCCUGAGCAAGCAAGAGAAAGGAGGUAAAGGGACGCCCAAAGCCCCACUCAGAAAGUCUGCAGGCGAAUAUGUCUACCCUAUGACCCCCCAGGACUCACCUGAGCGUCGGAGAGUGGUCUCCGCACCCAGCGCCCCAAUGGAGUACGGUGAGCCACUGCCUUUGCGCUGGCCAGCCCAGGAAGGAUACAUCCUCAGCAGCCAUGGCAUGGUCCCCGUCCCCUUGCCUCCGCCCUCCAUGGCUGCCCCCAGUGGCCAGUCUUACAUGUCCCAGCAGCACACCCCUGGGCUGACAAGGGCUCUCCUGCGAGGGGCCCUAGAGCGUGGAGAGCUGGGGGAGUUUAUGGAUCUCAGUCAACUGAUGAGUAAGAAGAACUGCGGUGACAGGACUCAGCCUGGCCCCUGACUGUCCAACAAACAAACGGGAUAGAUAUCCCGUGAUCCACAUCUCUCAGCCUCUCUCAUUCUGCCUGUUCCCCUCCGCCUCACUUCUAUUUUCCUUCUGUCUUUAUGUCACUGUCAUUCCGUCACACUGAUCCCCCCCCAAACCUCCAUCCCCAUGCUGGGUCCUUCUAUAUGACUGGCUGCUGGGUCUGCCACUCAUAUCUUGGCUCCAACUAAUUGGUCAGAGGGACUGAGGUUGUUGCUGUGUCUGCAUUGCAGAGCUGCCUCCCUCUGCCGUUACUCAGCGGCAGCAGGAAGCGAGAGAAGACAGGAUGAAGAGGGAAAAAAAGAAAGCAGGAUGAGGAGCAGAGUGGAUACGAAGCUUUGAGGCAGGUGCACGCCGCAUCGGGCAGCUCAAAGAUAAACAGAGGCUGCACUCAAAUACUGCUAAGGCAGUGUGUGUAUGUGUGUUUAUUCCUCCUGGAAAACAUUA